AUGCCAAAUUAUGUCAAGUUUCUGAAGGAGAUUCUAUCUAAGAAAAGUAAAUUGAAAGAUUAUGAGACGGUCAUGCUAACAGAGGAAUGUAGUUCAAUCAUUCAAAGCAAGAUGCCACCAAAAUCCAAAGAUCCAGGGAGUUUUACUAUUCCUUGUAAUAUUGGCAAUGUAGAAUUUACUAAAGCUUCGUGUGAUCUUAGUGCAAGUAUUAAUUUAAUGCCUUUCUCUCUUUGUAGAAAAUUGGGGUUAAGUGAAAUUAAGUCUAUAAUUAUUUCACUACAGCUUACAAACCGCUCAUUCACUUACCCGAGGGGUAUAGUUAAAGAUGUGCUGGUGAAGGUUGAUAAGUUCAUUUUUCCAGAAGACUUUCUUGUGCUUGACAUGAAAGAAGAUAGGGAGGUGCCUCUCAUAUUAGGUCGGCCAUUCCUUGCUACUAGAAAAGCAUUGAUUGAUGUACCUGAAGGUAAAUUAACUCUUAGGGUUGGCCAAGAGGAGGUAACUUUCAAUUUUUUUAAUGAUUCUAAAUUUCCUUCAAAGAAAGAUGAAUGCUUUAGAAUUGAUAUGGUGGAUAAAUGUCCAAGAGAAGUUUUUGUUGAGCCUGAAAUUAAUUUGAAAGAUAUUUUUAAUGACAAUUCUAUUGAGGAAAAUUGA